AUCGCAGAAACAAAUAAAUUAAAAUUAAAAACAACCAGAAAGAGAAGAGAGAGAAAGAACAGAAAAACCAACGGUGUGAUAAACCUCAUUCUCUCAUCUCAGUCGUCUCCUUUCACCUCGCUUCUCCAGCGUCCGAUCCAAUUAUCCCUUCCCAUCCGCGCCCUCUUUUUUCUUCUUCUUUUAACAGGGUUUUCGAUAUGGCGGCAGAGGCACCGGCGAGUCCAGGGGGAGGAAGCCAUGAGAGCGGAGACCAAAGUCCUCGCUCUAAUUCUAAUGUACGUGAACAAGACAGGUUCUUACCGAUCGCAAAUAUCAGUAGGAUUAUGAAGAAAGCGCUACCUGCUAAUGGAAAGAUUGCUAAGGAUGCUAAAGAGACUGUUCAAGAAUGUGUUUCUGAGUUCAUUAGCUUUAUCACUAGCGAAGCAAGUGAUAAGUGUCAGCGAGAAAAGAGGAAGACGAUAAAUGGUGAUGAUUUGCUUUGGGCUAUGGCUACGUUAGGGUUUGAGGAUUAUAUUGAUCCUCUUAAGAUUUACCUGUCUCGAUACAGAGAGAUGGAGGGUGAUACCAAGGGAUCUGCGAAGACUGGAGAUACAUCUGCUAAAAAGGAUAUUCACCCUGGUCCAAAUGCGCAGAUUUCUCAUCAAGGUUCUUUCUCACAAGGUGUUAGUUAUGGAAAUUCAAAUUCUCAAGCUCCGCACAUGAUGGUCCCUAUGCAAAGCAACGAGUAGAUAUGUGCUCUUUUACAAUGAAUUCUGUCAUUUAGACGGUAUUGAAUUUCUCAUCCAGUUCCUAGAACCAAUAGUGUUUCAAAACAUAAAACAUUGGUAUGGUGUAAGCACUGACAGCUUGAGUGGUUUUUAUUCACUUGUUGUAUCCUGGGUUGUUUCCGGUAAGAUUUGUAUAAUUUGGGUAUCUAUCGGAGGUAGAAUGACUCUUGAAGCAUUGUAAAUAAUGGGAACUUGUAACUUGUGUCUUGAUUUUUAGAAUGGGUACUUGGCAAGGGUAUGUCACUCUGUUCUUAUAUAUAAAACCGGGGCAUCUUUUAAUGAUGCGGUGAUUUUAUUCA